AUGCAGACCAUAGCAAAAACGAAAACCAAACUAAUAAUAAACAGAAGCACAAUGGGAAACGUCUUCGGCAAGACUUACAUAAUGGGAAUGGUGUUCGGUAAGAUCGUCGUGGAGACUCCCAAAUACACCGUCGCCAAAUCCGGCGACGGCUACGAGGUCCGGGAAUAUCCGCCGGCGGUUUCCGCGGAGGUCACUUACGAUCCUUCCGAGUUCAAAGGCGAUAAAGACGGAGGCUUUCAAGUCUUGGCUAAGUACAUAGGCGUCUUCGGCAAACCGGAGAACCAGAAGAUCGCCAUGGCGUCGCCGGUGGUCGCGACGGAAGGUGAGAAGAUCGCCAUGACGUCGCCGGUGAUCACCAAGGAAGGGGAGAAGAUUGCCAUGACGUCACCGGUGAUUACUAAGGAAGGAGAGAAGAUUGCUAUGACGUCACCGGUUGUGACGAAGGAAGUAGGAGGAGGGGAGAGGAAGAAGAAGACGGUGACGAUGCAGUUUCUGUUGCCGGAGAUGUACAAGAGGGCGGAGGAUGCGCCGCGUCCGACGGACGAGAGGGUGGUGAUAAGGGAGGAAGGAGGGAGGAAGUACGGUGUGGUCACGUUCAGUGGGACUGCGGGAGAGGGUGUGGUGAGCGAGAAGGUGAAGAAGCUGACGAGUGUUCUCGAGAGAGAUGGGUUUAAGAUCGUUGGAGAGUUCGUGCUCGCUAGGUAUAAUCCUCCGUGGACGUUGCCUCCUUUCAGGACCAACGAAGUCAUGAUCCCUGUUGAAUGAAAGAACUAGCUUUUGUCUGAAAAACUUGUUUUUUUUUUUUUUUACACUGUGUUUGUGGUAAAAGAAACAACAGAACAAUAAUGUAUACCAAUGCUAGCUUUUGAUUUUAAAAUUUCUAUUGAACGAACA